CCAGAAACCUCGAAGCUGCAUACAACUACAUCCAUCCACAUCCACAUCAAUCUCAUCAACCCACAGAUGUUCUAACCAGGCCAUCAAUCAACAACAACACCAAGCAAACCAUGAGCUCGACCACCCAAUCACCCGACCUGGCACUGAUACUCUGGCUCAAAUCACUCGAUCUACCCUACUUUCAAACAGAGCAUUCAUCAGGAGAACCCAAACCAUUCGAUCGAUUGGGUCAGAUCAGUGAUGGGGAACUACUGUGGCAACUACUCUCCAGUCUUGAUUCGGCAUUCUUUCGAGCUCCUAGACCCUCUUCUAUCAGUGGAGCACUAUCUGAAGUCUGGGUACUCAGAUUCACCUCAUUCAAAAAGAUGUACAAACUAAUCGUCCGUUAUUUCGAAGAGGAAAUCAGAAAAUCGACCAAGAACUUCAAAAACCCAAACCUACAGAAAAUCGCAAAGGAUGGUGAUGUCAGCGAGAGUAUCUCACUCUGUAUGAUCAUCCUAACAAUGGCAACAUUAGUCCAGCCAGAUGUUCACGUUCCUAAGAUACAAGCUUUACCCACUUGGGCACAAACAGCCUUGAUGGUCGGCAUUGAAACCGUCAGCAGUCAACUCAUCACCCUCGAAAUGAAUAGAAGUCCUCAUAGAGAUACCGGUCGAUCGGGCGAAGUCGAAGACGUCCGCGCAGUCGAAGAUACAUUCAACAGACCUCGGUCAUCCAACUCCAACUACCGGGAAGAAGACCCCCAUCUGGUAGAACGCCUCCGUGCUCUCGAGGUGGAACACAGAAACCUUCAAUCCGAAAUGAGAAUGUUACAACAAACCCAUCAGGACACCAAUCAUAAGUUGUUCAUGACCGAGCAAGAUUUGAAAGCCUCGCAGGAAGAGUUACAGAACCUUGAACUCGAACGGAGCUCCAACCACCGUCGACGCGAACGCGAUUCCGAGCCCGGCUCAGAUGAUGAUGGUUCGAAUUCAGAUCAUCCCCAUCGAAGCUCACACAACAGGCAGGAAUAUCUACUUCGAGGCGAACUUGAACAGUCAAAAGCUGAACUUACCAAUCUGGGCGUCAAACUCGAUCUUGCCGAAGAGACCAAUGAGAGAAACGUUAGGACGAUGGAAGACAUGCGCAAGAGGUUAGACGAACUUGGUGACGUAGAAGAGAUUAACCGUGGAUUGAGAGAUCAGCUUGAUGAGGUUCGACAUGAGAUGGAACGUGCCCGGAAGCUUGAGAAUGUGAUUGAGAAGUACAAAAAAAAGUUGGACGAGUCUGCUGAUCUUCGAAGGCAAAUGAAGACCUUAGAAGAACAAAACUCAGAUUUACUCGACCGACAUACGGCAUUAGAAGAUGAAUAUCAUAAAGUAGUAGCUUUCAAACCGCUGAUGGAACAAUACAAAUCGAAGAUUGCCACCUUAGAAUCUGAACUUUCUUCUCAAAAACGGGAAAAUGACCGCUUGCAGUAUGAAUUAGAUGCUACCAAACUCAAGCUACAACAGGCCGAAGAAGAACGCGAUCGAGAAGGUGAAGAGCUAGCAUUAUAUGAGGAGAGGGUUAAGGAGCUUGAGGAAGAAACACCGAUCACACAUACGCGACGACGGAAGAAAACUGCUGAAACUGAGGAAGGUGAAGAGGGUGAUACAUCUACGACCGCCUUUGAUGCAAGUUUCGAUAGGCAUGUCGAUGAGGAAACCGGGAUUAUCGAAGGGAUUGGCGGUGAGCUAAAUGAUGCUAUCGAAGGUCGAACAAUGACCAGUCUUAAGCUUGAACUCAGGAAACUGCAACGCGAAAUCAAAAUUCUCAGGAGCGCUCAAGAUGAAGAAGAUGAGGACGGAAAUGGGCCUAGCAAGAAAUCUAGAUAUCUCGUUCUUGAGAACUUAUUAGAAGACGCCAAUCGGAUGAAGCGCAAGUAUGAGGAUGAUUACUUGAAGCAAUAUAGAGAAACACUGGUUCUAACAAAUCAGCUCGAAGAGAUCCGCAGCGGUAAAUCGGUCAAUGGUGAUGGAGCAGAGGCAUCGAUCGCGCUGCGACAGAGGCUCAAUGAGACAACAGAGGAGCUCGAGAAGCUGAAAGCUGAACACAUAGAGCUGACGGUGUCAUAUGAGCAAGUCAAUCAAGAGCUCAUUCUAGCCAAGUCAGACCUCAAUUUAGUUGGAAAGGACCAACUGGAAAUGCUCAGCUCAUUGAGAGAUUCAGUUUCGACGGAGAAGAUCGCCUUGCAGGAUGAGCUCGAUCGACUGAAGAAAGAACAAGGAAGUCUCAGGGACCAACUGUCGAUGAAAACCGAACAGAUCCAGUCCCUCCUACUUGAGAAAAUCAACCUUCAAUCGGACUCGAUCGACCAACGCGAACGGAUGCUGCUCCGAGAGCGACAGCUCAGUGGCGGACAGGUGAAAAGUCCGAAGACGGAAGAGCUCUCGGAGGAGGCUAGAACAAAGCUGGGAGUAACCGAACAGCUUUAUAAAGAGAAGGAUGACGAAUGUCGGAUGCUGAAAGCUAAAUUAGACAAGGCCAAGUUAUUCAUUAUGAGUCAGGAUAAACUGUACAAAGAAUCCGUCGAUGGUCGUGGAUCUAAUCUUCUUCCAGUUGAUGUCUCUUCUCUGAAUAACAAUUUCGAUGAAACCGUGCAAACUUAUCAAGCUGAAUUGAGUUCCUCCAAGGAUUUGAUUGAUAGACUCAGGAAUCAGUAUCAUGAGAUGGAAACACGAUACGAAAAAGAGUUGCGCUUGAUGGCCUCUGCGUGGCACAACUUAGGCCAGCAGAAGAUCCGCGAGACGAUAGCGUUGAACCGGAACGAGCACACCAAUUCAGGUGGGCUAGGCCGACAGGCGUCCUCCGGGGUGGGCUACCGAGUCGGGGCAGGAAACCAGCAUCUGGGUAAGAACGGUGCGACCUCGGGGCCUGGUGGUUCGGCGAACCAUUCUAGUAACUUGGGCUUCGGCGGUCAGCUUAGACCUCAAAGUUGGGUCAAACAACAGCGUGACAGGAUGAUCAAUCAAUAUGCUCUUUUACAUCAUUAAGUCCUGAUUAAAAAAUGAAGAACUUUAGAGAAAAACAACCAAUACUCCUCUUUUUCUUUGCUCCUGGUCCUGUGGUUAUUGUCAUCUUUUUUGUUCUCACCUAAUUUUCUUCAGUUUUUUUUUAUUUUGGCAUUUUCAAAUGGUAAUUGUUGUAUACUCCUUCCGCAAUGUCCACAUUUUUAUUUCCUUGUGUGUUUACAUAAAUACCUCAAUCAAAAGAGAUACAAUCAACUCAUCCUUACACACACAUAAAUAUAUAACUUAUCAGUGUUACAUAUUUUCUUCAUGUUACUUAUGACUUGACCUCUUUUUUCUUUCUUUUUUUCCUUUUCUUUUUGAUGUAUUUCCAUGUGUGAGAUGUGAUGGCCUGUUAAUCUACAUAGGCAAAAAUUUGAUCAAUUCAAUGCUUUAUGUGCUG